GGCCCGGCGGAGAGCGGCGGCGGGAGGGCAGCGGGACUCGGGCGCGGCGCCGCAGGCUCAGUGCGGCCCCGGGGCUCGGGCCGGGCGCGCCGCCCGCACUCCGCACACGCGCCGGGCCGCGGGCGGGACCGCCCCGGAGGAGGCUGCGUCCGGACAAAGCGGCCGCAUCUCUGCCGCUCAGCCCCUGCAGGGGUUCGGGUUCGGCGCCCGUCCCCGUCCGAGUCUCGGCGCCAAACUUUUGACUAGUUGCAAGCGAUUGCCAGAGUCCAAUGAGUGGCCCGGAGAGGAGACCUUCUGCCUGUCGUUGAGGAGGGCUAAGCACCGAGCUCAGAGAAAGAGGGGGGCAAAGAAAGACAAGAAAAUGAUCUCCCGGGACACCGUCCACACAGUUCUCCUGCUUGCUCUGCUUUAUUCCUCCCUGGCUCAAGAUGCCAGCCCCCCGUCCGACACCGGCGCGGAGGAGAUCCCCGAGGGGGCCUCCACCUUGGCUUUUGUGUUCGAUGUGACUGGUUCCAUGUACGAUGAUUUAGUUCAGGUUAUCGAAGGGGCUUCCAAAAUUUUGGAGACGUCUUUGAAAAGACCCAAGAGACCUCUUUACAAUUUUGCUUUGGUGCCUUUCCAUGAUCCAGAAAUUGGCCCCGUAACAAUUACCACAGAUCCCAAGAAAUUUCAGUAUGAACUAAGAGAACUAUAUGUUCAGGGUGGCGGUGAUUGUCCCGAAAUGAGUAUUGGAGCUAUAAAAAUUGCCCUGGAGAUUUCUCUUCCUGGCUCCUUCAUCUAUGUCUUCACUGAUGCGCGGUCCAAGGACUAUCGGCUCACUCACGAAGUGCUGCAGCUUAUCCAACAGAAGCAGUCUCAGGUGGUGUUUGUGCUCACUGGAGACUGCGAUGACAGGAGCCACGUGGGAUAUAAAGUCUAUGAAGAAAUUGCCUCGACGAGUUCUGGGCAGGUGUUCCACCUGGACAAGAAGCAGGUCAAUGAGGUGUUGAAAUGGGUAGAGGAAGCAGUGCAGGCCUCCAAAGUCCACCUCUUAUCGACAGACCAUUUGGAACAAGCUGUAAACACAUGGAGAAUUCCCUUCGAUCCCAGCCUAAAAGAGGUCACUGUGUCCCUGAGUGGCCCUUCUCCCGUGAUUGAAAUCCGCAAUCCUUUAGGGAAGCUGAUCAAAAAGGGAUUUGGCCUGAAUGAGCUAUUGAAUAUCCAUAACUCUGCCAAGGUGGUGAAUGUGAAAGAGCCAGAGGCUGGAAUGUGGACAGUGAAGACUUCCAGCAGCGGAAGGCACUCUGUUCGCAUCACCGGCCUCAGUACUAUUGAUUUCCGGGCUGGUUUUUCCCGAAAGCCCACCCUGGACUUCAAAAAAACAGUCAGCAGACCAGUGCAAGGAAUACCUACCUAUGUGCUUCUGAAUACUUCUGGAAUUUCCGUCCCAGCGAGAGUAGAUCGCCUUGAACUUCUGAGUAUCUCAGGCAGUUCUCUUAAGACUAUUCCUGUGAAAUAUUACCCAGAUCGAAAACCUUAUGGCAUAUGGAAUAUUUCUGACUUUAUACCACCAAAUGAAGCUUUCUUUCUCAAAGUAGCAGGUUAUGAUAAGGACGAUUAUCUCUUCCAGAGAGUAUCAAGUGUUUCCUUCUCUAGUAUCAUCCCAGAUGCUCCCAAAGUUACGAUGCCUAAGAGGACGCCGGGAUACUACCUGCAGCCAGGCCAAAUCCCCUGCUCCGUGGAAAGUCUUUUGCCCUUUACCUUGAGCUUUGCUAGGAAUGGAAUCGCUCUCGGCGUAGACCAGUAUUUAAAAGAAUCUGCCAGUGUGAACUGGGACAUUGAAAAGGUCACUUUGUCCGACGAAGGCUCCUACGAGUGCAUCGCUGUCAGCAGUGCAGGGACUGGACGGGCACAGACGUUUUUCGAUGUGUCAGAGCCCCCUCCAGUCAUCCAAGUGCCGAGUAACGUCACAGUCGCUCCCGGGGAAAGAGCUGUUUUGACAUGUCUGGUCAUCAGUGCGGUGACUUACAACCUCACCUGGCAGAGGAGCGACAGAGAUGUCAGACUGGCAGACCCAGCAAGAACGCGGAUCUUGGCCAACCGCUCACUGGAGCUGAGGACUGUGAAAGCCACGGAUGCUGGAGAGUAUCACUGUCUGGUUUCCAACGAAGGCGGGUCAUCCGCUGCUUCAGUUUUCCUCACCGUGCAAGAGCUUCCCAAAGUCACCGUGAUGCCCAAGAACCAGUCUUUCACAGGAGGGUCUGAGGUCUCCAUCAUGUGUUCUGCAACAGGGUAUCCCAAACCCAAGAUCGCCUGGACCGUUAACGAUACGUUUAUCGUGGGUUCACACAGGUAUAGGAUGGCCUCAGAAGGUACUUUAUUUAUCAGAAAUGCCGUUCCCAAAGAUGCAGGGAUCUAUGGCUGCCUGGCAAGUAAUUCAGCUGGAACAGAUAAGCAGACUUCUACCCUCAGAUACAUUGAAGCUCCCAAGUUGAUGGUAGUUCAGAGUGAGCUCUUGGUUGCCCUUGGGGACACGACCGUUCUGGAAUGUAAAACCUCUGGAGUCCCCUCGCCUCAGGUGAAAUGGUUCAAAGGGGAUCUUGAGCUGAGGCCCUCAACUUUUCUCAUUAUUGAUCCUCUCUUGGGACUUUUGAAGAUUCCAGAGACUCAGGAUUUGGAUGCUGGUGACUAUACGUGCGUAGCCGUCAAUGACGCUGGAAGAGCGACUGGCAAGAUAACGCUGGACGUUGGCUCCCCUCCAGUUUUCAUACAAGAACCUGCUGACGUGUCUAUGGAAAUUGGUUCAAAUGUGACAUUACCUUGCUAUGUCCAGGGCUAUCCAGAACCAAAGAUUAAAUGGCGAAGAUUAGACAACAUGCCGAUCUUCUCAAGACCCUUUUCAGUGAGUUCCAUCAGCCAACUAAGAACAGGAGCUCUCUUUAUUUCAAACUUAUGGGCAAGUGAUAAAGGAACCUAUGUCUGUGAAGCUGAAAACCAGUUUGGAAAAAUCCAGUCCCAGACAACAAUAACAGUGACAGGACUUGUUGCUCCACUCAUCGGAAUCAGCCCUGCGGUGACCAGCGUCAUCGAAGGACAGCAGCUUACUCUGCCCUGUGCUCUGCUGGCCGGGAACCCCAUUCCAGAACGCCGGUGGGUGAGGAACUCGGCCAUGCUGGUCCAAAAUCCUUACAUCACUGUCCGCAGUGAUGGGAGUCUCCACAUUGAAAGAGUUCGCCUUCAGGAUGGAGGUGAAUAUACUUGUGUGGCCAGUAACGUAGCUGGAACCAUUAACAAAACUACCACUGUGGACGUGCACGUUCUGCCAACCAUUCAGCACGGGCAGCAGGUACUCAGCACAAUCGAAGGCAUCCCAGUAACUUUACCCUGCAAAGCCAGUGGGAUUCCCAAACCAUCUAUCACCUGGUCCAAGAAAGGCGAGCUGAUCUCUACCAGCAACGCGAAGUUUUCCGCGGGCGCAGACGGGAGUCUGUACGUGGUGUCCCCCGGGGGCGAGGAGAGCGGGGAGUACGUGUGCACCGCCACCAACGCCGCCGGCUACGCCAAGAGGAAGGUGCAGCUGACCGUCUACGUAAGGCCCAGGGUGUUUGGCGAUCAAAGAGGGCUGUCCCAGGACAAGCCUGUGGAGAUCUCGGUCCUUGCCGGGGAAGAGGCGACCCUGCCCUGUGAAGUGAGGAGCUCGCCCCCGCCCAUAAUCACCUGGGCCCGAGAAAGCCAGCUCAUCUCGCCCUUCUCGCCGAGACACACAUUCCUCCCUUCUGGUUCAAUGAAGAUCACCGAGGCCCGUGUUUCAGACAGCGGGAUGUAUCUCUGCGUUGCCACAAACAUCGCCGGGAACGUGACUCAGUCUGUUAAGUUAAGUGUUCAUGUUCCUCCAAAGAUACAGCGUGGCCCUAAAGUGAUGAAAGUUCAAGUGGAUCAAAGAGUGGACAUCCCAUGCAGCGCCCAAGGGACGCCGCUCCCUGUGAUCACCUGGUUUAAAGGUGGAAGCGCCGUGCUGGUUGAUGGGGUCCAGCAUGUCAGCCAGCCAGGCGGGACGUUAAGCAUCAACCAAGCCAUGCUCUCAGACGCCGGCGUCUACACAUGCGUCGCUGCCAACAUAGCAGGCAGGGAUGAGACAGAGAUAACACUCCAUGUCCAAGAACCACCGACGCUGGAAGAUCUAGAGCCGCCGUAUGACACCCCGUUCCAGGAGAGAGUGGCCAAUCAGCGCGUUGCAUUCCCGUGUCCUGCAAAAGGUACCCCCAAACCAACCAUCAAAUGGUUACGGAAUGGGAGAGAGCUGACCGGCAGACAGCCCGGGAUUUCUGUCUUGGAAGAUGGCACGUUGUUGGUCAUUGCUUCUGUCACACCGUAUGACAACGGGGAGUACAUCUGUGUGGCAGUCAAUGAAGCUGGGACCACAGAAAAAAAAUAUAACCUCAAAGUCCAUGUUCCUCCAGUGAUUAAAGAUAAAGAACAAGUAACAAACGUGUCUGUGUUGGUCAACCAGCCGACUAAUCUCUUCUGUGAAGUUGAAGGUUCUCCAUCUCCCAUCAUUAUGUGGUACAAAGAUGCGGUCCAGGUGACUGAGAGCAGCACUAUUCAGAUUGUGAACAAUGGAAAGAUACUGAAGCUCUUCAAAGCCUCUCCGCAGGAUGCGGGCAGAUACUCCUGCAAAGCGGUGAAUGUUGCAGGCACCUCGCAGAAGUCUUUUAACAUCGAUGUGCUAGUCCCACCCACCAUAAUAGGUGCCAAUUCCCCGAAUGAGGUUUCCGUUGUCCUCAACCACGACGCCACCCUUGAAUGCCAGGUCAAAGGCACUCCCUUCCCAGUGAUCGACUGGUUCAAAGAUGGCAAGCCUUUAUUUUUGGGAGAUCCUAAUGUUGAACUUCUGGACAGAGGACAAGUUUUGCAUUUAAAGAAUGCACGGAGAAGUGACAAGGGACGCUACCAGUGCACAGUGUCAAAUGCAGCGGGCAAGCAAGCCAAGGAUACAAAACUGACUGUCUAUAUUCCACCAAGUAUUAAAGGAGGGAAUGUCACCACGGAAAUAGCAACAUUGAUCAACAGCAUAAUAAAACUGGAGUGUGAAACCCGGGGACUUCCGGUGCCUGCUAUUACAUGGUAUAAGGAUGGCCAGCCAAUCAUAUCCAGCUCGCAAGCCCUGUAUAUUGAUAAAGGGCAAUUUCUUCAUAUCCCUCGAGCCCAGGUCUCUGAUUCAACAACCUAUACGUGUCACGUAAGCAAUGUUGCUGGAACUGCUGAAAAAUCGUUCCACGUGGAUGUUUAUGUUCCUCCCGUGAUUGAAGGUGACGCGGCUGUGCCUCUGAAUAAGCAAGUGGUGGUUGCUCAUUCACUGACGCUGGAGUGCAGGGCUGCGGGCAACCCCCCGCCAGUUCUCACUUGGCUAAAAGACGGCGUCCCCGUGAAAGCCGGUGACAACAUCCGAAUAGAGGCCGGCGGGAAGAAACUGGAGAUCACCAGCGCCCUGGAAGGGGAUCGGGGGCAGUACGUGUGUGUGGCUACCAGUGUGGCAGGAGAAAAGGAAAUCAAAUACGACGUUGAUGUCUUAGUGCCACCGACUGUGGAAGGAGGAGAUGAAACAUCUUACUUCAUAGUGAUGGUUAAUAACUUACUGGAGCUCGAUUGUCAAGUGACAGGCUCUCCCCCACCAACAAUCAUGUGGCUGAAGGAUGGCCAGCUGAUCGAUGAAAGGGAUGGAUUCAAGACUUUACUGAAUGGACGGAAACUGGUCAUUGCCCAGGCCCAGGUGUCAGACACAGGCCUUUAUCGGUGUGUGGCAGCCAACCCUGCUGGCAGCCACAAGAAGGAGUUUGAAGUGACUGUCCACGUUCCACCGACAAUCAAAUCCUCAGGCCUGUCUGAGAGAGCCGUAGUGAAAUACAAGCCCAUCACCUUACAGUGCAUAGCCAACGGCAUUCCCAAUCCCUCCCUUACAUGGUUAAAAGAUGGUCAGCCUGUGAACACUGCCCAAGGAAACCUCAAAAUACAGUCUUCUGGUCGAGUGCUGCAGGUUGCCAGAGUGCUGAUGGAAGAUGCUGGGAGAUACACGUGUGUGGCCACCAACGCGGCCGGGGAAGCCCAGCAGCACCUUCAACUGCACGUGCACGAGCCGCCCAGCCUGGAGGAUGCUGGGAGGAUGCUGAACGAGACCGUGGUGGUGAACAGCCCUGUGCAGCUGGAGUGUAAGGCUGCUGGAACCCCCUUGCCCGUCAUUACAUGGUACAAAGAUAAUCGUCCGCUCUCGGGCUCCACCAGUGUGACCUUCUUGAACAGAGGACAGAUCGUUGACAUCGAGAGCGCCCAGAUCGCAGAUGCUGGCAUCUACAGAUGUGUGGCCAUCAACUCCGCUGGAGCUACGGAGUUACAGUACAGUCUCCAGGUCCACGUGCCUCCGUCCAUUUCCGGCAGCAGCAGCGCGGUGGCCGUGGUGGUUAAUAACCUGGUGAGGCUGGAAUGUGAAGCCAGGGGCAUCCCUGCCCCGAGUCUGACCUGGUUGAAAGACGGGAGCCCUGUCUCUGGUUUCGCUAAUGGGAUACAGGUUCUGUCUGGGGGCCGCAUCCUCGCUUUGACCAGUGCCCAGAUCAGUGAUACAGGGAGGUACACCUGCGUGGCCGUGAAUGCUGCUGGGGAGAAGCAAAGAGACAUAGACCUCAGAGUAUAUGUUCCACCGAACAUCGUGGGAGAAGAACAGAACGUCUCUGUCCUCAUCAGCCAGGCUCUGGAGCUCCUGUGUCAGAGUGACGCCAUCCCCUCGCCUACGCUGACUUGGCUGAAAGACGGCCGCCCGUUGCUGAAGAAACCCGGCCUCAGGGUUUCUGCAAACGGAAGUGUGCUGACGAUUGAAGAUGCUCAGGUUCAAGACACUGGUCGUUACACUUGUGAGGCAACAAAUGUUGCUGGGAAAACUGAGAAAAAUUAUAAUGUCAAUAUUUGGGUACCACCAAAUAUUUAUGGUUCUGAUGAACUUGCUCAACUCACAGUCAUUGAAGGGAAUCUCCUCAGUCUGUUAUGUGAAUCAAGUGGUCUGCCACCCCCAAAUCUCAUUUGGGAGAAGAAAGGCUCCCCAGUGCCGGCCGAUUCUGCAGGGCGGGUCAGGACUCUGUCUGGAGGCAGACAGUUACAGAUUUCAGUCGCUGAAAACGCAGAUGCAGGGCUUUAUACGUGUGUGGCAUCAAAUGUUGCUGGAACUACCAAAAAAGACUACAACCUGCAAGUUUAUAUUCGACCAACCAUAGCCAACAGUGGCAGCCAACCUACUGAAAUUGUUGUGACUCGAGGGAAGAGUAUUUCCUUGGAGUGCGAGGUGCAGGGUAUCCCUCAGCCGACAGUGACCUGGAUGAAGGAUGGCCGCCCCUUGACCAAGGGAAGGGGAAUGGAAAUACUGGAUGACGGUCGCAUCCUUCAGCUGAAGAAUAUUCAUGUCUCUGACACAGGCCGCUAUGUGUGUGUUGCUUUAAAUGUAGCAGGAAUGACUGACAGAAAAUAUGACUUAAGUGUACAUACCCCUCCAAGCAUCAUAGGAAACCACGGGACACCUGAAAACAUCAGUGUGGUGGAAAAGAACUCAGUGUCCCUGACGUGUGAGGCCUCGGGGAUCCCUUUGCCUUCAAUUACCUGGCUUAAAGAUGGCUGGCCCAUCAGCCUUAGCGGUUCUGUGAGGAUCCUCUCAGGAGGCAGGACUCUGCGGCUGAUGCAGACCAGAACGGAAGACGCUGGCCAGUAUGCUUGUGUGGUGAGGAAUGCAGCUGGUGAAGCCAGGAAGCUCUUUGGCCUUUCAGUGUUAGUGCCGCCCGGCAUCGUGGGCGCAAACACCCUGGAAGACGUGAAGGUAAAGGAGAAGCAGAGUGUUACCCUGACCUGUGAAGUUACAGGGAAUCCAGUGCCAGAGGUGACCUGGCAUAAAGAUGGGCAGCCCCUCCAGGAAGACGACACACAUCACAGUAUGUCUGGUGGCCGUUUUCUUCAGAUUACCAAUGCCCAAGUGUCACACACUGGAAGAUACACAUGUUUGGCUUCUAACACAGCUGGUGACAAGAGCAAAAGUUUCAGUCUUAACGUGUUGGUCUCUCCUACAAUCGCUGGUGUGGAUAGUGACGGCAGCCCUGAAGAUGUCAUUGUUAUCCUUAACAGCCCCACCUCUUUGGUGUGCGAGGCUUAUUCAUAUCCUCCAGCUACCAUCACCUGGUUUAAGGAUGGAACUCCUUUAGAAUCCAACCGAAAUAUUCGCAUUCUUCCAGGGGGCAGGGCUCUGCAGAUCCUCAAUGCACAGGAAGACAAUGCGGGCAGAUACUCCUGUGUAGCCACGAACGAGGCAGGGGAGAUGAUCAAGCACUACGAAGUGAAGGUCUACAUUCCACCCAUAAUCAAUAAAGGGGACCUCCUGGGGCCAGGUCUUUCCCCUAAGGAAGUGAAGAUCAAAGUAAACACCACCCUGACCCUGGAAUGCGAAGCGUAUGCAGUCCCUUCUGCCUCUCUCAGCUGGUACAAGGAUGGACAGCCCCUAAAAUCAGAUGAUCAUGUUAAUAUUGCUGCCAGCGGACACACACUUCAAAUAAAGGAAGCUCAAAUAUCAGACACUGGAAGAUACACUUGUGUGGCAUCUAAUGUUGCAGGCGAAGAUGAGCUGGAUUUUGAUGUGAAUAUACAAGUCCCUCCAAGUUUUCAGAAACUCUGGGAAAUAGGAAACAUGCUGGAUACUGGCAGGAGUGGGGAAGCCAAGGAUGUGAUCAUCAACAAUCCCAUUUCUCUCUACUGUGAGACCAACGCUGCUCCUCCCCCCACCCUGACAUGGUACAAAGAUGGCCAUCCUCUGACCUCCAGUGACCGAGUGCUGAUUUUACCAGGUGGGAGAGUGCUGCAGAUUCCCCGGGCGAAAGUGGACGAUGCGGGCAGGUACACGUGUGUGGCUGUGAACGAGGCUGGAGAAGACUCCCUUCAGUAUGACAUCCGUGUACUCUUGCCGCCGGUUAUCAAGGGAGCCAAUGGUGAUCUCCCUGAGGAGGUCACCGUGCUGGUGAGCAAGAACGUGGUGAUGGAGUGCCUGUCCGGGGGCAGCCCUGUACCAAGGAAUUCCUGGCAAAAAGAUGGGCAGCCCUUGCUAGAAGAUGAGCAUCAUAAAUUUCUAUCUAAUGGAAGAAUUCUGCAGAUUCUAAAUGCUCAAAUAUCAGACAUUGGCAGGUAUGUGUGUGUUGCCGAGAACACAGCUGGAAGUGUGACAAAAUACUUGAACCUCAAUGUGCACGUUCCUCCAAGCGUCCUUGGUCCUAACCCUGAAAACCUCACUGUUGUGGUGAACAACUUCAUCUCUUUGACCUGUGAGGUCUCUGGCUUCCCACCCCCGGAGCUCAGCUGGCUCAAGAAUGAACAGCCUAUCAAGCCGAACACCAAUGCUCUCGUUGUGCCUGGUGGUCGAACUCUACAGAUUAUUCGGGCCAAGGAAUCUGAUGGCGGUCAGUACACGUGUAUAGCGAUCAACCAAGCUGGGGAAAGCAAGAAAAAAAUCUCUCUGACUGUUUAUGUGCCCCCAAGCAUUAAAGAUCAUGGCAGUGAGUCUCUUUCUGUAGUUAAUGUCAGAGAGGGGACCUCCGUGUCAUUGGAGUGUGAGUCUAACGCUGUCCCACCUCCAGUCGUCACGUGGUAUAAGAACGGGCGGAUGAUAACAGAGUCGACUCACGUGGAGAUUUUAGCAGAUGGACAGAUGCUGCGCAUCCAGAAAGCUGAGGUGUCUGACACAGGCCAGUAUGUAUGUAGAGCUAUAAAUGUAGCAGGACGGGAUGAUAAAAAUUUCCACCUCAAUGUAUAUGUGCCCCCCAGUAUUGAAGGACCCGAAAGGGAAGUGGUUGUGGAGACCAUCAGCAAUCCUGUGACCUUAACCUGCGAUGCCACUGGAAUCCCACCUCCCACCAUAACGUGGUUAAAGAACCACAAGCCCAUAGAAAAUUCCGAUUCACUUGAAGUUCAUAUUUUGUCUGGUGGUAGCAAACUCCAAAUUGCCCGGUCUCAGCGUUCAGACAGUGGCAACUAUACGUGCAUCGCGUCCAAUAUGGAAGGAAAAGCACAGAAAAAGUACAUUCUUUCGAUUCAAGUUCCUCCAAGUGUUGCUGGUGCUGAAAUUCCAAGUGAAGUCAGCGUCCUUUUAGGGGAAAAUGUUGAGCUGGUCUGCAAUGCAAAUGGCAUUCCCACCCCAGUUAUUCAGUGGCUGAGGGAUGGAAAACCCAUAACUAGCAGUGAAACAGAAAGAAUCCGGGUGACGGCAAAUGGCAGCACGCUGGUCAUGUACGAAGCCCUCCCAGCCGACACGGGGAAGUACACGUGUGUCGCCACGAACCCUGCUGGGGAAGAAGACCGCAUCUUUAACGUAAAUGUUUAUGUUCCGCCUGCAAUUAGGGGUAACAAAGAAGAAACAGAGAGACUCACGGCCUUGGUGGACAUGUCAAUAAAUAUCGAGUGCAGGGCCACAGGGUCACCUCCGCCGCAGAUCAACUGGCUAAAGAAUGGACUUCCUCUGCCGCUGUCCUCCCAUAUCCGGUUGCUGUCAGGGGGACAGGUCAUCAGGAUUGUGAGAACUCAGGUGUCUGAUGUUGCUGUGUACACUUGUGUGGCCUCCAACAGAGCUGGGGUGGACAACAAACAUUACAGUCUUCAAGUGUUUGUACCACCAAGUCUGGAUAAUGCGAUGGGAACAGAGGAAAUCACCGUUGUCAAGGGUAGUUCUACCUCCAUGACAUGCCUUACAGAUGGGACCCCAACUCCCAGGAUGUCGUGGCUUAGGGACGGCCAGCCUCUGGAGCUCAGUGCUCAUCUGACAGUGAGCACUCAGGGAAUGGUCCUCCAGCUCGUCACAGCAGAGACUGAGGACUCGGGGAGGUACACCUGCAUUGCCUCGAACGAAGCUGGAGAAGUCAGCAAACACUUUAUCCUGAAGGUCCUCGAACCGCCUCAUAUCAACGGAUCUGAAGAACCUGUUGAGAUAUCGGUGAUUGUUAAUAAUCCACUGGAACUCACCUGCGUGGCUUCUGGAAUCCCAGCUCCCAAGAUCACCUGGAUGAAAGAUGGACGUCCCCUUCCCCAGACAGGCCAGGUGCAAACUCUCGGAGGAGGAGAGGUCCUUCGGAUAUCGAGUAGUCAGGUGGAAGACACAGGAAGAUAUACGUGUCUGGCAUCCAGUCCUGCAGGAGAUGAUGAUAAAGAAUAUUUAGUGCGAGUGCACGUACCCCCUAACAUUGCUGGCACUGAUGGGUCCCAGGAUUUCACCGUGUUACGGAACAGACAGGUGACACUGGAGUGCAAAUCGGAUGCAGUGCCCCCCCCUGUGAUCACUUGGCUUAAAAAUGGAGAACGGUUACAGGCAACACCCCGAGUACGAAUCCUAUCUGGAGGAAGAUACUUGCAAAUUAAUAACGCAGAUCUAGGUGAUACAGCCAAUUACACCUGUGUUGCCAGCAACAUUGCAGGGAAGACCACAAGGGAAUUUGUUCUCACUGUAAAUGUUCCUCCAAACAUAAAGAGUGGCCCCCAGAGCCUUGUCAUUCACUUAAAUAAGUCAACUGUAUUGGAAUGCUUUGCUGAAGGUGUGCCAACCCCAAGGAUAACGUGGAGAAAGGACGGAGCUGUUCUCUCUGGGAAUCACGCAAGGUAUUCCAUCUUGGAAAACGGAUUCCUUCAUAUUCAGUCAGCACAUGUCACCGAUACCGGGAGGUAUUUAUGUAUGGCUACUAAUGUUGCUGGGACAGACCGCAGGCGGAUAGAUUUACAAGUCCAUGUGCCUCCAUCUAUUGCUCUGGGUCCUACCAACAUCACUGUAACAGUAAAUGUUCAAACUACUCUGGCUUGUGAGGCUGCUGGAAUACCCAAACCAUCAAUCAGCUGGAAAAAAAAUGGGCAUCUUCUCAAUGUGGAUCAAAAUCAGAAUUCCUACAGGCUCCUUUCUUCAGGGUCACUAGUAGUCAUUUCCCCUUCUGUGGAUGACACUGCGACCUAUGAGUGCACCGUGACAAAUGAGGCUGGAGAGGACAAGAGAACCGUGGAUCUCACUGUCCAAGUUCCGCCUUCCAUAGCUGAUGAGCCCACGGACUUCCUGGUAACCAAACACACCCCGACAGUCAUUCCCUGCACUGUUUCAGGGGUUCCAUUCCCCUUAAUUCACUGGACCAAAAACGGUAUAAGACUGCUUCCCCGGGGAGAUGGCUAUCGAAUUCAGUCCUCAGGAGCCAUUGAAAUCUUUGCCCCCGAGUUGAACCAUGCUGGAAGGUACACCUGUAUGGCCAGGAAUGCGGCUGGCUCUGCACACCGACAAGUGACCCUUCGUGUCCAGGAGCCUCCCGUCAUUCAGCCUCAGCCAAGUGAGCUAGAUGUCAUCCUAAACAAUCCCGUUCUGUUACCAUGUGAAGCAACAGGGACGCCCAGUCCUUUCAUUACCUGGCAAAAAGAAGGCAUCAAUGUCGUCACUUCAGGCAAAAGCCACGCGGUCCUUCCAAGCGGCGGCCUGCAGAUCUCCAGAGCUGUGAGAGAGGACGCGGGCUCUUACAUGUGCGUGGCUCAGAAUCCGGCUGGUACAGCCUUGGGCAAAGUCAAGUUAAACGUGCAAGUCCCUCCAGCCAUCAGCCCCCAUCCAGAGGAAUAUACCACUGCCGUGGAUAAGCCCGUGUCACUGCCGUGCGAGGCGGUCGGCCUGCCGCCACCUGACAUCACGUGGCAUAAAGACGGCCACGCAGUCGUGGAGUCGGUCCGCCAGCGUGUCCUCAGCUCCGGGGCCCUGCACACAGCCUUCGCUCAGCCCGAGGACGCCGGCCAGUACACGUGCACGGCAGCCAGCGUGGCGGGAGCAAGCAGCUCCAGCACCAGGCUCACCGUCCAUGUGCCGCCCAAAAUCCAAAGCACGGACGUGUACUACACGGUCAGUGAGAACUCGCAAGCUGUUCUGCCAUGUGUGGCUGAUGGAAUCCCCACACCAGCAAUUAACUGGAAAAAGGACAAUGUGCUUUUAGCGAACCUGUUAGGAAAGUACACCGUUGAACCCUAUGGAGAACUCAUUCUGGAAAACGUUGUGCCGGAGGAUUCUGGCACCUAUACCUGUGUUGCAAACAACGCUGCAGGUGAAGACACACACACUGUCAGGCUGACUGUGCAUGUCCUCCCCACUUUUACUGAGCUUCCCGGAGACGUGUCGUUAAAUAAAGGAGAUCAGCUACGAUUAAGAUGUAAAGCCACUGGUAUUCCACUACCCACGUUAACAUGGACCUUCAAUAACAACAUCAUUCCAGCCCACUUUGACAGUGUCCGUGGACACAGUGAACUUGUUGUUGAAAGGGUUUCAAAAGAGGAUUCGGGGACUUACGUGUGCACCGCAGAGAACACUGUUGGUUUUGUGAAAGCAAUUGGAUUUGUUUAUGUGAAAGAGCCUCCAGUCUUCAAAGGUGAUUACCCUUCUAACUGGAUUGAACCACUUGGUGGAAACGCAAUUCUGAACUGUGAGGUGAAGGGAGACCCCGCCCCAACCAUCCAGUGGAGCAGAAAGGGGGUGGAUAUAGAAAUUAACCACAGGAUCCGGCAACUUGGCAAUGGUUCCCUGGCCAUUUAUGGCACUGUAAACGAGGAUGCCGGCGACUACACGUGUGUGGCUGCUAAUGAAGCUGGGGUGGUGGAGCGCAUCAUGAGCCUGACCCUGCAGAGUCCUCCUAUUAUCACUCUUGAGCCAAUAGCAACGAUUAUUAAUGCUGGUGGCAAAGUCAUACUGAAUUGUCAGGCAACUGGAGAGCCUCAUCCAGCCAUUACAUGGUCUCGUCAAGGGCAUGCUAUCCCCUGGGAUGACCGAGUUAACAUGUUGUCCAACAACUCGUUGUAUAUCUCUGCUGCUCAGAAAGAAGAUACAUCUGAAUAUGAAUGUGUUGCUAGAAAUUUGAUGGGUUCUGUCCUUGUCAGAGUCCCAGUCACAGUCCAGGUUCACGGUGGCUUUUCCCAGUGGUCGGCUUGGAGGGGCUGCAGCGUGACCUGCGGGAGGGGCAUCCAGAAGAGGAGUCGUCUGUGCAACAACCCGCUCCCGGCCAACGGGGGGCAGCCCUGUCAAGGCUCAGAUUCAGAAAUGCGAAGCUGUCAGCAUAAGCCGUGUCCAGUGGAUGGGAGCUGGUCGGACUGGGGCCCCUGGGAAGAGUGCACGCGGAGCUGUGGACGUGGCAACCGGACCAGGACCCGGACGUGCAACAGUCCGCCGGCUCGGCACGGCGGGCGGCCGUGUGCGGGGGCUGCUGUGGAAGUGAUCAUGUGCAACGUGAGGCCUUGCCCAGUUCAUGGAGCCUGGAGCCCUUGGCAGCCUUGGGGUACAUGCAGCAGGAGUUGUGGGAAGGGUACCCAGACCAGAACGAGGCUGUGCAGUAACCCACCACCGUCGUUUGACGGCUCCUACUGCGACGGAGCAGAAACACAGAUGCAAGUUUGCAAUGAAAGGCAUUGUCCAGUGGACGGCAGGUGGGCCGCGUGGGCCAGCUGGAGCGCCUGCACGGCGUCCUGUGGAGGAGGCGCCCGCCAGAGGACACGGGGCUGCUCUGACCCCGCCCCGCAGUACGGAGGGAGCAAAUGUGAAGGCAGUGACGUCCAGAGCGAUUUUUGCAAUAAUGACCCUUGUCCAACUCAUGGCCACUGGAGCCCUUGGAGUGGCUGGGGCAUCUGCAGCCGGUCGUGCAACGGAGGACAGAUGCGGCGGUAUCGCACGUGUGAUAAUCCUCGACCCUCCAACGGAGGAAGAGCUUGUGGGGGGCCGGACUCCCAGAUCCAGAGAUGCAACACUGACAUGUGUCCUGUGGAUGGGAGUUGGGGACACUGGCAUAGCUGGGGCCUGUGCUCUGCUUCUUGUGGAGGAGGCGAAAAGACUCGGAAACGGCUGUGCAACAGUCCGGAGCCAUCUAACAGCGGGCGACCCUGUCCGGGGGACGCCACUCAGGUAUCCAGAUGCAAUUUACAAGCGUGCCCAGGUGGUCCCCAGCGUGCCAGAGGAAGUGUUAUUGGAAAUAUUAAUGAUGUUGAAUUUGGAAUUGCUUUCCUUAACGCCACAGUAACAGAUAGCCCUAACUCCGAUACUAGAAUCAUACAUGCCAAAAUUACCAAUGUGCCUCGCACACUUGGUCCAGCAAUGAGAAAGAUAGUUUCUAUUUUAAACCCCAUUUAUUGGACAACAGCGAAGGAAAUCGGAGAAGCAGUCAAUGGCUUCACGCUCACCAACGCAGUCUUCAAAAGAGAAACCCAAGUGGAAUUUGCAACUGGGGAAAUCUUGCGGAUGACUCACAUUGCUCGGGGCCUGGAUCCCGACGGUGCUUUGCUGCUGGAUAUUGUCGUGAGCGGCUAUGUCCUGCAGCUGCGCUCCCCUGCGGAGGUCGCCGUGAAGGAUUAUACGGAGGACUACAUUCAGACGGGCCCCGGGCAGCUGUACGCCUACUCAACCCGGCUGUUCACCAUCGACGGCAUCGGCGUCCCCUACACGUGGAACCACACCGUUUUCUAUGAUCAGGCACGGGGACGGAUGCCCUUCCUGGUCCAGACGCUUCAUGCGUCCUCUGUGGAGUCUGACUACAACCAGUUAGAAGAGACGUUGGGCUUUAAAAUUCACGCUUCGAUUUCCAAAGGAGAUCGCAGUAAUCAGUGCCCUCCUGGGUUUGCCUUAGAUGCAGUGGGACCCUUUUGUGCUGAUGAAGAUGAGUGUGCGACAGGGAAGCCCUGUUCCCACACCUGCCACAACGCCGUGGGAACCUACUACUGCUCCUGUCCCAAAGGCCUCACCAUAGCAGCUGAUGGAAGAACUUGUCAAGAUAUUGACGAGUGUGCUUUGGGUGGACACUCUUGCCAUGCUGGUCAGGACUGUGACAAUACCAUCGGAUCCUAUCGCUGUGUGGUCCGCUGUGGAGUUGGCUUUCGAAGAACCUCUGAUGGGCUGAGCUGUCAAGAUAUUAAUGAAUGUCAAGAAUCCAGCCCCUGCCACCACCGCUGUUUCAAUGCCAUAGGAAGUUUCCACUGUGGGUGUGAUCCCGGGUAUCAGCUCAAAGGCAGGAAAUGCAUGGACGUGAACGAGUGUCGCCAGAGCGUGUGCAGACCGGACCAGCUCUGCGAGAACACCCGCGGGGGCUACCGGUGCAUCGACCUCUGUCCCAACGGAAUGACCAAGGCGGAGAACGGAACCUGCACUGAUAUUGAUGAGUGUAAAGAUGGAACCCAUCAGUGCAGAUAUAACCAGAUAUGUGAGAAUACAAGAGGCAGCUAUCGGUGUGUAUGUCCAAGAGGUUACCGGUCUCAAGGCGUGGGAAGACCCUGUAUGGACAUUAAUGAGUGUGAACAAAUGCCUAAGCCUUGUGCAUAUCAGUGCUUCAACACCCCCGGCAGCUUCAAGUGUAUCUGUCCCCCAGGACAACACUUAUUAGGGGACGGGAAAUCUUGCGCUGGAUUGGAGAGGCUGCCCAGUUAUGGCACCCAGUACAGUAGCUAUAACCUUGCUCGCUUCUCCCCCGUGAGAAACAACUAUCAACCUCAGCAGCAUUACAGACAGUACUCCCAUCUCUACAGCUCCUACUCAGAGUAUAGAAACAGCAGAACAUCUCUCUCCAGGACUAGAAGGACCCUUAGGAAAACUUGCCCCGAGAGCUCUGAAGCAAACCAUGACCCACGUGUAGACAUUGAUGAAUGUGCCAACAGAGACACCUGCCAACAUGAGUGUAAAAACACCUUUGGGAGUUAUCAGUGUGUCUGCCCACCCGGCUACCAACUCAUGCUCAAUGGGAAGACGUGUCAAGAUGUGGACGAGUGUCUGGAGCAGAAGGUGCACUGUGGGCCCAAUCGCAUGUGCUUCAACACGAGAGGAAGCUUCCAGUGCAUUGAUACGCCCUGUCCACCCGACUACCAGCGGGAUCCUGUCUCGGGGUUCUGCCUCAGGAACUGUGCGCCCAACGAUUUGGACUGCGCCUCCAGCCCAUAUGCCUUGGAGUACAAACUCGUCUCCCUCCCAUUUGGAAUAGCCGCCAAUCAAGAUUUAAUCCGGCUGGUUGCAUACACGCAGGAUGGAGUGAUGCAUCCCAGGACCACGUUUCUCAUGGUUGAUGAGGAACAGACUGUUCCCUUUGCUUUAAGGGUCGAAAACUUGAAAGGAGUGGUCUAUACAACACGGCCGCUCCGGGAAGCAGAGACCUACCGCAUGAGGGUCCGAGCCUCAUCCUACAGUGCCAAUGGGACCAUUGAAUAUCAGACCACAUUCAUCGUGUACAUAGCUGUGUCCGCCUACCCGUACUGAGAAACCCGCCGAAGCCAAAGCCGCAUGUUUCAACUGCAUUAAUCACGGGGAUCGAGUCUGCUUCCAGAUGACCAUCUCUUGAACGGGUGCAGUCUUGGCAACUUGAAAAUGGUGCUAUGCUCUGUUUUUCGUGUUUUCCUUGGUACUGCUGAGGUAUUUUCAUGAUCCCACCAUGGUCACAUCUUUUCGUAAGGUCGAGAAAAGCCCCUUAUUGUUUUUCUUUAUUUAUUACACUGGAACGGUUACUUUCCAAAGAUUAUCCUGAACAUCUCACAGGACACAUCAGUGAUGUCUUAUAGUAGCAUGGUAGCUAAGAUCAUUUUCCUUUAAAAAAUAAGAUAACUCUCAUAAAUAAUUCAAAGCCAAAUAGAUUUUUAAGCGUUUGGCCCUUUUUAAAGGAAUAAAACUGGUUGCUAUGUUUUUUGAGCAAAGCCUAAAUAACUUAUGAAGAUGCCUUUUUUUUUUUUUAAGUAUUGAUACUUUAUUAUAGGACUUAUACACCUCUUUUCACUUUAAGGAUAAAAAGAGACACCACUCAUUUUAGAAAUAUAGUAUAGCUUCUAGAAGGUUAUUUUUGUCCCAAAUGGUGCUCACCUUGAUCGCACACCCAAAAUAAGUGUAUUACUUUCAGUGACUUUGUAAAAUCAGUUGAACCACUUAUGAUAAUAGAAAUAAAAACACUGCUUUGUCCUCAGACAACUGUUGAUGGCAUGGAUCUUUGUCCUAAUAUUUUGAUAUAACCUGCCAUUCAGUUAGCUCCUUAACUUUCACAUUCUGGAAUUGCUUUUACUUCCCUAUCAAUUGGAAACAAUUUUUAAAAAUACCAAUGGGACAGUUUUCUUUAUUUUUCUUGGAAAAUCUCAUGUUAAAUUAGCGUAAAUGUUAAACGUCAAUACACUGUACACGGUGGUAACGGAGUCUGGAAGCAGUCGCCAAGAUGUAUUCUAUUUUUAUGAAGUGUAUAUAUAUUACCGUAGUGUGUAUUUUCUGUGUAAUAUCGUGAUGGACUCUCUUAUAAAAUUAUUUUAUAAAAAAAAAAAAUGCAAUGUUACAGGAAAACCAGCUUAAAUAAAGUUUUCACAUCCUUUUU